CACUGAUUGGCGCACUGAUAGGUGGCACUGACUGCAUUGAUAGGUGGCACUGAUUUGCACUGAUAGGUGGCACUGAAAGGCAGCUCAGAUGGGCACUGAUAUGUGGCAUUGAUGUGCACUGGUAGGCACUAAUAUAUGGCACUGAUGGGCACUGGCAGGUGGCAUUGAUGAGCACUGACAGCUGGCACUGCUGGGGCUACACUGAUCAUCAGGGCACACUGAUCAUCAGUGCCCUGAUGAUCACUGUCAGCGUGACAGCUCAUGAGGAGGAAAAUGCCGAUAACCGACAUUUCCUUAUUUACAUGCGAUCAGCUGUGAUUGGA